GUCCUCCUCCCACAUGGUCGUCCGGGGUCGCGUGGAAAGGUGGGCGCAGAGCUGUUGAGAGAAGACACCGGGAAACAUGGCGGCGGCGGCGGGCCUCGCUCAGAUCCCUGAUGUGGACAUUGACUCCGAUGGCGUUUUCAAGUAUGUGCUGAUUCGAGUCCACACGACGCCGCCAUCAGGGACCGCAGCCGGGGAGAACAAGGAGAUCGUGCGUGGCUACAAAUGGGCCGAGUACCACGAUCCCCUUGUGCCCCCAAGGGCGGCCACCCGCUGCGCUGAACCGCCUUCCUCGUCCCAGCCGACAUUUACGACAAGGUAUCCGGUGAGAUUCAGAAGAAGGGCUUUGACUGCGAGUGCCUGGGAGGUGGCCGCAUCUCCCACCAGAGCCAGGACAAGAAGAUUCACGUGUACGGUUACUCCAUGGGCUUUGGUCGUGCCCAGCAUUCUAUCUCCACUGAGAAGAUCAAAGCCAAGUACCCUGACUACGAGGUUACCUGGGCUGAUGAUGGUUACUGAGGCUGCACCUCUAGCAGCCCAUUGGACUCUGCUCUUGAAACUCUCUCCCAAGGGGCAGUUGCUCCUGAGGCCAGGGAGAUUGGCACCAGCCUGUAUCUUGUCCUCGGGAAUUAAAAACUCCUACCUGUGAUGCU